AUGCCGUUUACAGUUCUCUCUACCCAGACUGGUCCAGACGUCCAUCUUAAAACAUUUUGCAGCAAUAAUGCAUUGAACUACACUCGCAACAGUGCAUUUGAGAACAACCUCAAGAUUGUCCUAAAGAUAUUGCCUUCCAUCACUUCAUUAACAGGCUUUAACUACACCUUUUUUGGAGAAGGCUCUGCCAAGGUCUACGGCCAAGCACUUUGCAGAGGUGAUGUCAACUCAAGUGCUUGUCGGACUUGUGUGGACAAAGCAAGCAAGAAAAUCUUUAAUGAUUGCAUAAGUCGCGGAGAAGCAAUCAUAUGGUAUGAACUUUGCCAAGUUCACUACUCAUUUCAGAAUAUGACUUCCUUGGCUGUCUAUGCAGGGAAGUAUCUAGACCGUGAUUCUAAGGAGAAAUCUGUAUCAGAUCAGGUUCAUUUUUUAAAAUUUUCGAAGUACUUAAUGACUAACCUGUCAAAUGAGGCCGCUUUCAAUCCUUUCAACAUGUUUGCAACUGGGAAAAUCAACUUUUCCAGGAGCAAAACCAUAUUUGCUCAUGUACAGUGCACUAGGGAUAUCAGACCACACGAGUGUUUGAAAUGCUUGAAGUCUGCUAUAACUGAUUUGGAAGGAUGCUGUUCUUCACGGAAAGGUGGAAUGGUUCUUAGUAGGAAUUGUAAUGUGAGAUUUGAGUUGUACCAAUUCUACAAUGUCUCAAAGCACUUGUCGUCCCCAACUUCUAGAGGAAGAAAAUGGAAGGCGGGGCGGAAGGUUGCAUGUGUUGUCUUUAUUCCUAUAACGGUGCUUGCAAUUGUCAUAGGAUCUUGCAUUGUCUUCCUAAGACAUAAAAGAAGAAAAGAAAGAGACGUGGAAAGAAGUCACCUAGCAUUAUUACAGGAAUUGGCUAACCCAAGAGGCGUCACAAUAACAGAAGAAGGCCAGUUCGUAAGUUCUGAGGAUCUACCUUUCAUGGCCUUGGAUACUAUAAAAGCAGCUACAGGAAACUUCUCCGAUUCAAAUAAGCUUGGACAAGGUGGGUUUGGUGCUGUUUAUAAGGGUGUGUUAACAGAUGGAAAGGAAAUAGCUGUUAAAAGGUUGUCACGAAAUUCAUGGCAAGGAUUAGCGGAGUUCAAGAAUGAAAUCAUACUAAUUGCAAAACUACAACACCGAAACCUUGUGAAGCUAUUAGGAUGUGGCAUAGAAGGAGACGAAAAACUGCUCAUUUAUGAGUUCAUGCCUAACAAAAGCCUUGAUGUCUUUAUCUUUGAUGAGGAAAGACGAGAACAGCUUGAUUGGGAGACGUGCUACAACAUAAUUAGUGGCAUUGCUAGAGGACUUCUUUAUCUUCAUGAGGAUUCCCGGCUUAGAAUCAUUCACAGGGAUUUGAAAACCAGCAAUGUGCUACUGGACCAUGAAAUGACUGCCAGGAUUUCAGAUUUUGGCAUGGCCAGAAUUUUUGGUGAAAACCAGAACAAUGCUAACACUAAACGAGUAGUAGGAACAUUCGGAUAUAUGGCUCCUGAAUACGCAAUGGAAGGACUAUUCUCAGUGAAAUCGGAUGUCUUCAGCUUUGGUGUUAUACUGCUAGAGAUCCUAAGUGGGAAACGAAGUAGUGGCUUUUACCUUGCACAACAUGGCCAGACACUCUUGACAUAUGUUUGUACCAUACGUGACUGCAAUCAAAAUUUCCCUUCAAUUAAUUUUCAACCUAUCAAUAAGAAGAUUGAGGCUUUAAAACUAUAACUAGUUAACGUUAUGAAAUUUUUUUAACGCAAAUUGACAAUUUGACAGGCAUGGAGAUUGUGGAAUGCAGGGAGAGAAAUGGAAUUUGCAGAUUCUCUGUUGAUGGAAAGGAGCCCCGCAAUAGAAAUUGUGACGUGCAUACACAUUGGGCUGUUAUGUGUGCAGGAAGAUCCAGCAGACAGGCCCACAAUGUCAUUUGUGGUUUUAGCAUUGGGAAGUGAACCAAUAGCUCUUCCUCUACCAAAAAAACCUGCAUUUUCUCUGGGCUAAAUGAUUCCCAUUGACAAGUUUUCAUCAACAGAUUCUUCAGUGAAUCAAAAGACAAUUUCUGGCAUCUCACCGUGGUGAAUGUUAAUUAGAUUGCCACUAUGAUUUUGAGUGUGUGGAGAAAGCCUAGUAAACUGGCCAAUCACUUGGUUGCAAAAAGGCCAAUAUCACUGAGGAAGCUUAAUGAAAACAUAAUGCUGAAGAUUUAGAAUUAUCUCUAACUUUCCAAACAUGAGAAAUGAGUAAGCACAAUAUUGAAAUAAAUUCUACACCAAUUUCAUGGUUUCUAA